GAUUUUCCGUCAAUUAUACACAUUUCGUCGCACAUGUUGGGACUUUCACUUUCAACCUACUGCUCUGUGAUGGAUUUUUCCGACUCUAAUUCCGCAUCUCUAGAUGUGAGUAUGGAUGGAAUGGCGAGCGACGACUCUAAUUUUGCAAGCACGUCGUCUUGGACCGGGGUAUCCGUGGCCGAGACAGCAGAGAACAACGAAGAAAACGACGACAUAGAAUCUUACUACUUUGAGUCGGAUCAUUUAGCAUUUCGCGGGAACAGCGAUUAUAACACAAUGCUUAAAACUAUAGCUUUGCUCGAGGCACAAAGAAUACAGGCAAUUUCAGAUAUAGAGAAACUGCAUGAAUGUAUGGAUGAUGCAUUGAAAGACCCCAUCGACUUCGUAAACAGACUGCAACAUGGAGUAGAUUUGGGUCUACCAAAACCUCAGCAGGUGACAGAGCUCCCCGAUAUCAAUUGGGAGAAAUAUACAAGUUCUGUAGAUUUUUCAAGUCUUGGCUUUCCGAAACAUUUGACUCGAUUAAAGAGACAAUUGGUAGAAGGACCAAGCAGUGCAGAGUGUGGGGAAGAAACUGUUAAAGUUGAUGGCAGUUUGACAUAUGUCAGAGGCAGGGUGAAACGUGAGGACAAGCCAGAAACAUUCAACAAGCUUUGGACAGCGGAGGAGCAGAAAAGAUUGGAGGAACUUCUACUUGAACAUCCUCCCGAAGAAGUUGAAGCCAAACGCUGGGCCAAAAUUGCAAAAGCCCUAGGAAACCGAACACCUAUUCAAGUUGCCAGUCGUGUGCAAAAGUACUUUAUAAAGCUGGCCAAAGCAGGCCUCCCCAUUCCUGGGAGAUUGCCAAACAUUGCCAUCCACAGACAGAAGCAUGCUCAUCGGCAUCAACGAUUUCAGAAAUUUUAUUAUCAGCAAUCCACAUUUAUGGCUUCCCAUGAGCCCCCAGUAUACAUGUCAGAUGAUGAGAACUCAGGGUCUAUAUACGGUGGGGACGAACCACGAGAAAACUAUGUCAAUUCAGGAAUGGACUUUUCAGACAAUGACGAUGAGCCAGAUGAAGAUGACAGCAUUCCUCUUGAGCUUCAAAACACACCCGAAUACCAAGAACUAAUGCAACUAAAGAGAAUGAAACAGUGUAAAAUGAGGAUAAAGAGUGAUGCCUCUUAUACUCAUAACGGCUUUAAGUGCGAUGGUUGUAACUGUGAUCCUAUCGUUGGUGUGAGGUGGCAUUGUCAGGAUUGUGAUCAGGAAGAUUGUGUAGAUUUUUGUGACAGGUGUGUACACAAGAACAUCGAGAUAGGCCAACACAACUCGAGCCACCGUCUCGGUGCAGUCACCAAGGAAUCCAAUGACAUCGAUUAUGAAUCUCAGACCUUCAUGCCAGAUGGUUACAACUAUCUGGAUCCAAAUUACAUGCCUGCAACUUGAAGCAAGGAGCCAAGGACAUCAGAUGAAUAUAUGACAAUUUUGUGAAAUAUGAUUUAAUUUAAAGCUAUGUUUUGUAAAUUUGUGGAUACAUUUAUACAGAUACUGUUUAUAUGAAUGGCAAUCUAUUGAAAAUUGUGCAUAUAUAGUCUAUAUUGUAUAUUAAUUGUUACUCAAUUUUAAAAUAAAUGAUUCAAUACUAGAUAUAAUGCCUCUUUCUGAGCUUUCCAAAUCACAUAAUAUAUCUUUGUCAUUUUGAAUUCAGUAGUACUGCAUGUGUAUUUAGUGUCAUGUUUAUAUUGCAAAUAGCAAUUUUUUUGCUUUUUUGUGACCUCAAUAACAAAAAUUACAAUACGGUACCAUAAAUUGUAACUGGAAUUGUUUUAAAUCAUGAAAAAUGACAGACACAAAAUA